GGGAGAACUGUGGCAUUAAACAGAAGUGCGAACAGAAGUCGAGGAUGGGAAGAAAGGCUGCCCGGAAGGGGGUCAGGAAAGCUCAGGCAAAGCCCACCCUCAGGCACUACAGCUAGACUCCGAGCUUACUGGGCAGUCAUCUGAUUCCACCAACAUCAGUUCGCAGGGCUUAAGCCCAGUCCCUUAGGGCGGCCUGGGGAGGGGCCAGGCCCAAGUAUAUAAAGCUCCCUGAGGGUCCGCCUUGGCUUUGCGCCUGCGAGUGUGAUUCAAGAACGUCCCAGUGCCCUUGGCUCUUUUCGGAGUGUGACCCCGGGCUUGCACGGGACACGUUACCCAGCUCGGGUGAGAAAGGUAUCUUCCGGGACCCUCGCCUUUAAUAGCACAACGAGCGCAGAGUCCACUGGAUCUGCGAGAAGAAACCGCGCUAACUAGUUUGUCCCUACGGCCGCCUCGUAGUCACUGCCGCGACGCCUUGGGCCUCCGGGCCGCAUUGCCAUGGCUGCCCGUGGUGUCAUCGCUCCAGUUGGCGAGAGUUUGCGCUACGCUGAGUACUUGCAGCCCUCGGGCAAACGGCCCGACGCCGAAGUCGACCAGCAGGGACUGGUAAGAAGUUUGAUAGCUGUAGGACUGGGUGUUGCAGCUCUUGCAUUUGCAGGUCGCUACGCAUUUCGGAUCUGGAAACCUCUAGAACAAGUUAUCACAGAAACUGCAAAGAAGAUUUCAACUCCUAGCUUUUCAUCCUACUAUAAAGGAGGAUUUGAACAGAAAAUGAGUAGGCGAGAAGCUGGUCUUAUUUUAGGUGUAAGCCCAUCUGCUGGCAAGGCUAAGAUUAGAACAGCUCAUAGGAGAGUCAUGAUCUUGAAUCACCCAGAUAAAGGUGGAUCUCCUUACGUAGCAGCCAAAAUAAAUGAAGCAAAAGACUUGCUAGAAACAACCACCAAACAUUGAUGCUUAAGGACCACACUGAAGGAAAAAAAAAGAGGGGACUUCAAAAAAAAAAAAAAAAAAGCCCUGCAAAAUAUUGUAAAACAUGGUCUUCUUAACUUUCUAUAUGGAUUGACCACAGUCUUAUCUUCCACCAUUAAGCUGUAUAACAAUAAAAUGUUAAUAGUCUUGCUUUUUAUUAUAUUUUAAAGAUCUCCUUAAAUUCUAUAACUGAUCUUUUUUCUUAUUUUGUUUGUGACAUUCAUACAUUUUUAAGAUUUUUGUUAUGUUCUGAAUUCCCCCCUACACACACACACACACACACACACACACAAACGUGUGCAAAAAAUAUGAUUAUCAAGAAUGCAAUUGGGAUUUGUGAGCAAUGAGUAGAACUCUUAUUGCUUAUAUUUGUACCCUCAUUGUCUAUUUUUUUUCAGGGAAUUUGGGACUCUGCCUGUAUAAGGUGUUUUAAAUGUCUUGAGAACAAGCACUGGCUGAUACCUCUUGGAGAUAUGAUCUGAAAUGUAAUGGAAUUUAUUAAAUGGUGUUUAGUAAAGUAGGGGUUAAGGACUUGUUAAAGAACCCCACUAUCUCUGAGACCCUAUAGCCAAAGCAUGAGGACUUGGAGAGCUACUAAAAUGAUUCAGGUUUACAAAAUGAGCCCUGUGAGGAAAGGUUGAGAGAAGUCUGAGGAGUUUGUAUUUAAUUAUAGUCUUCCAGUACUGUAUAUUCAUUCAUUACUCAUUCUACAAAUAUUUAUUGACCCCUUUUGAUGUGCAAGGCACUAUUGUGCGUCCCCUGAGAGUUGCAAGUAUGAAGCAGUCAUGGAUCAUGAACCAAAGGAACUUAUAUGUAGAGGAAGGAUAAAUCACAAAUAGUGAAUACUGUUAGAUACAGAUGAUAUAUUUUAAAAGUUCAAAGGAAGAAAAGAAUGUGUUAAACACUGCAUGAGAGGAGGAAUAAGUGGCAUAGAGCUGGGCUUUAGAAAAGAAAAAUAUUCAGAUACCAUAUGAUUGGUGAGGUGAGUAAGUGUUAUUCUGAGAUGAGAAUUAGCAGAAAUAGAUAUGUCAAUUGGAGUGAUUAGAGUGCAGGGUUUCUGGAAAGCAAGGUUUGGACAGAGUGGUCAUCAAAGGCCAGCCCUGUGACUUACACUGCAUUAAAUUAAUUUCUUAGAACAUAGUCCCUGAUCUUUAUCACUUUACUAUUCCAAAGGUGAGAGAACAGAUUCAGAUAGAGUGCCAGCAUUAUUUCCCAGUAUUCAUUUACAAAUCUUGGGUUCAUUCCAGGUAAACUGAACUACUGCAUUGUUUCUAUCUUAAAAUACUUUUUAGAUAUCCUAGAUGCAUCUUUCAACUUCUAACAUUCUGUAGUUUAGGAGUUCUCAACCUUGGCAUUAUUGACAUGUUAGGCCAAAUAAUUUUUUUUGUGGGAGGUCUCUUGUGCGUUUUAGAUGAUUAGCAAUAAUCCCUGACCUGUUAUCUACUAAAGACUAGUCGUUUCUCAUCAGUUGUGACAACAAAAAUGGUUCCAGAUAUUGCCAAAUGCCCUUUAGAGGACAAUAAUCGCCCCCAGUUGAGAACCAUUUCAGUAAAACUUUAAUUACUAUUUUUUCUUUUGGUUUAUAAAAUAAUGAUCCUGAAUUAAAUUGAUGGAACCUUAAAGUCGAUAAAAUAUGUUGCUUGCUUUAAAGUCCCCAUACGUGUCCUACUAAUUUUCUCAUGCUUUAGUGUUUUCACUUUUCUCCUGUUAUCCUUGUACCUAAGAAUGCCAUCCCAAUCCCCAGAUGUCCACCUGCCCAAAGUCUAGGCAUAGUUGAAGGCCAAGCUAAAAUGUAUCCCUCUUUUUCUGGUGCAUGCAGCAAAAGUAAUAUGAAUUAUCAGCUUUCUGAGAGCAGGCAUUGUAUCUGUCUUGUUUGGUGUUACAUUGGCACCCAAUAAAUAUUUGUUGAGUGAAUGAUUAAA